CAUCGGUUACUCGCAGCCUUCCUUUGAGACAACAUGGAUAUGGAUAUAUCUCUACAUUUGUUAGUUGGGUUACCUUGUACACUGCUAAGCAAUGGAAUUAAAGUGGAAGUCCCUGAUCGUCUGAUAGACAGCAUCAGUUUUCAAUCCUUCCAGGUUUUACUACCAGCAGAGCAGCCUUACAGAACAGCAUAUCACUUCCAACCUCCUCAAAACUGGCUGAAUGAUCCUAAUGGCCCGAUGUACUACAAGGGGGUUUAUCACUUGUUCUACCAAUACAAUCCAGAUGGUGCAUUGUUUGGUGAUAGUAUGGUUUGGGCGCAUUCUGCAUCGUAUGAUCUUAUCAACUGGUUCAGUCUUGAUCAUGCACUUGUUCCAUCCGAGCCAUUUGACAUAAACAGUUGCUGGUCUGGUUCUGCCACAAUCCUUCCAGGGAAUAUACCUGUCAUGUUAUACACCGGAAUAGAUGCUUACAAUCACCAAGUGCAAAACCUGGCAACUCCCAAAAAUCUAUCAGAUCCAUUGCUAAUACAAUGGGUCAAAUACUCCGGAAAUCCUCUAAUGACUCCACCAGAUGGUGUUGAGGGAAAUAUGUUUAGAGAUCCGACAACUGCUUGGCAGGGUCCAGAUGAAACCUGGAGAGUAGUCAUUGGGAGCUGGAGAAAUAACCAGGGCAUGGCCAUUCUCUACCGAAGUGAGGAUUUUGUUCACUGAACCAAGUACCGAGAUCCUCUUUAUUCAUCAGCAAAAACUGGAAUGUUUGAGUGCCCGGACUUCUAUCCUGUGUCUAUUAAUAGCACCAACGGGGUUGACACUUCUGUCAAAAAUCCUAGUGUCAGACAUGUCAUGAAGUCAAGUUUCAAUUCUCAUGACUACUAUAUGGUGGGGACUUACGUUACUGAGCUGGAAAAAUUUCUUCCUGACGCUGACUUUACUGGAACAAGUCUGGACUUGAGAUAUGAUUAUGGUAAAUUCUAUGCCUCAAAGACAUUCUUCGACAGCAAGAAGAAUAGGAGGAUAUUGUGGGGUUGGGUAAAUGAAUCUGAUAGUACAGAAGAUGAUUUACAGAAAGGAUGGUCUGGACUUCAGUCAGUUCCUAGGCAAAUUUGGCUUGAUAGAACAGGAAAGCAAUUAGUGCAGUGGCCAGUGGAAGAAAUCAAUAGUCUACGUGACAAUCAAGUCAAUAUCUAUGGUAAGCAACUUGAAAGUGGAUCAACUUUUGAAGUUUCAGGCAUCACUGCGUCACAGGCCGAUAUAGAAAUAGUGUUUGAAUUGCCUGAACUAGAAGAGGCUGAGUUCAUGAAUACCAGUUGGGUUGAUCCCCAACUGAUCUGUGACAGAGAAGAUGCAUCUGUCAAUGGAAGAUAUGGACCAUUUGGUUUAUUAACUUUGGCAACAAAGGACUUGACAGAACAAACUGCAAUUUUCUUUCGAGUUUUUAGAGGCCAUAAGAGAUAUAUAGUACUUAUGUGCAGUGAGCAGAGGAGGUCUUCUCUGCGAAAUGAGUUAGAUAAAACCACAUAUGGAGCCUUUGUAGACAUUGAUCCUCGUGAGGAAAUGAUUUCACUAAGAAGCUUGAUAGAUCACUCCAUAAUUGAGAGUUUUGGAGGAAAGGGAAGAGCUUGUAUUACCACUAGAGUUUAUCCAAAGCUUGCUGUAAAUAAAGAAGCCCGCCUUUAUGCAUUUAACAAUGGAACUUUAAGCGUAACAGUUUCAAGAUUGAAUGCAUGGAGUAUGAAUAAAGCCAGGAUUAACUGCAGGGGAGCUUUGGAGAAUACAGCAUCAUGCUAGAAAAGAGAAAUCAUAUCCAAGGCCUUCUUGAUUUG